GGACCGAAACCGAAACCGAAACGGAAACCGACAGCGAAACAGAAACCAUAACUGAGACCGAGUCUCGCGACUCAUGCGAAGGAACCGAACCGCAAUGCAGUGCGAAGUGCAGAGUGCAGUGUAAAAAAAGGAGGAGAAGAUCCUGGAAGAGGGAAAGGCGUCUAACGUCUAACGGGAUACACACACAAUGUGCGUGCAGUGAAAUGGAGUGAAAACGAGUGACCAGAAAAACAGCAAACUAGCAAAAACAGAACAAAAGAAAAGAAAAGCAAGAAAAAAACAGCAACAGUCGCUGCGCCCAGGCAACAGAGUGCGCCACCGAUGUGAGCCGUGAGUGUGAAGGUAUUUCCCCUGAAAAAAGAACAAAAAGAAAAAAGCAGCACGAAACCCCAUAGUAAAACUAAAGAGAGAGUGAGAGAUAUGGAUAGCUCGCCGGAUCUGUCGCUGAAGCUGCGACGUGGCUCCAGUGAUUCGCGGGACAAUUUCUACAUGGAUUUCGCUCAGGGCAUCGACUCGGACAUCGAGGAGGUGGACACCAACGCGACCACCACGGCCGCCGCCAGCACAAGCACCAGCACCAGCAUCACCACAGCGGGGGAUGCACCACUGCCACCGCCGCCCCUCCCAACAGUCUCACUCAGCGAGGAGAUGCUCCUGCUGGUGGCACCGCCACCACCGCCGCUGGCGCCGCUGCUCGGUCAGCCGCUGCCCACGCUGACGGAGGCGGAGGACAUGCCGCCGACGCCCACACCGCCGCCGAUGAUCGGUCAUCCGCAGGCGGAGCCGCAGCUCAGCCUGGACUUGAGCCUCGAUAUGGAGAUGAGUCUGGACGCCACCUCGCCGCCAGGAUCGCCCAUCAAUUCGGUGCUGGAGCUUGAGCUCAUUCCGCCGCCGCCCCUUUCCCCCAUGGAGGAUGCCGGCCUGCGGACGGACGUAGACGACGAUGGCGAGGAGACGGACGAUGCGGAGGAGGCGGCAGCAGUGCCGCCGAUGCUCAUCCCCCCUCCCCCCAUGACAGAGGAGCCUAGGGAUGGGGCUGAUGGUGCCGCAGCAGAUGAGGAGGCUGAGGAAGAGGAGGAUGAGGAAGAUGAUGAUGAUGAGGACAAGUCCACACCGCCACCACCAUUGCCGCCACUGCCCUCAAAUCUGUCGUAUGUCCAGGGCAACGUCACCCCGCCCCUGACCAAAUCCCCCUCGAACUCACCCUCGCCACCGGUGACGCCACCGCCCUGCCCGGAGCUUAAUCUCACGCGAAUGGUGUCGCCACCGGCGCAGCACAUCAGUCAGAUACCACCACUGACGCCCUCCUCCGAGAGCGACCAAGAAUCACAGCCCAAUUCCCCAAAUCCACGAUCUCUGCCAGAGCCAGAACCAGAGCCAGAGCCCGAAACGCAAGAGGAGGAGGAGCCAGAGCAGGAGCAGGAGCCCAAGGAGGAGCUAGAACCAGAACCAGAGCCCGUAAGCGGCAGGGAUUACAGCCGGUCGCUGGACAACGAGGAUGAGUCGACCACCAUUACCACUCCACCGAGCAACGGGUACUCGGCCUCCUCGAUCAUUGCCCCACCGCCAGAGCACUUUGCGGAGUUGGAUGAGGACAGCGUGGGCGGAGGAGCAGGACGUGGGCUCUUCAUUCCUCCGCCGCCCCUGAGCAUGGACAUGGAGGAGCCAGAGCGCUCCGAGGAGCCCAUUACCCAGGAAGACGACGAGGAUCCCCUAUCCGUGGACAGGGAGGAGGGACACGCCGACAGCAUCAGCUCCCCACGAGCCGCGAGCAUCGCCAGCGGCGGCAUCAUGUCCACCAGCGGGGCCAUAGCGGCCAUGGCAGCCAAUUCCGCUCCUGGCAGCGGCUCUCCCAAGCUCUCGGAGAGUCGCGGUCCCAGCCGCACCGGCAGCCAGCGCUCCGCCACUGCAGCGGGCGUCCUCUCGCCACAGGCAUCCCUCAAGUCGCAGGCAUCCAUCAAGUCGCAGGCAUCCAUCAAGUCGCAGUCGCAAUCACACUCCCAGUCGCACUCGCAAUCCUCCGGCAAGAGUCCCGUGGCAUCCAUCAAGUCCAGCUCCCAGCGUGUCCAGAGCCCGCCCGUGGGCGAGGGGGCUCCGGUCAUGCCCUCGCCGCCACUGAUGCGCAGUCCGCCGCCGGAGCAGGCCCGCCAAAUGCACAGUCCGCCAAGGAUCACAACGCCGCCGCGCGUCUGCAGUCCUCCACUGGUCAGCAGUCCACCCAAGCUAGCGGAGACGGCAGCAGCAGCCGCCGCAGCCGCCGUCACAGUCACAAUCAAGGAUCAGCCGAUCGUCAGCAGCAGCAGCAGCACCGCCGAGCCACCGAUCGCAACACUGAGCUUCCAGGAUGAGCAGAAGACCCAAACGCCACAGGCACAGCCACAGCCACAGCUGCAGCCACAGCCGAAGCCAGUGACUACUCAACCACGGACGCACUUCACCAGCAGCCACCAUCACUACCAUUUGCCGCACCAGUUCCAGCAUCCGCACCACCAGAACCACCACACGCACAGCGUUCGCGUACCCACGCCCACUGUCCCCAGCAGCUAUGCCCCGCCGCCGCCACCGCCCACCGAUGACGGCUUCCCCGAGUACAGCCGCAAAAGCUAUAUCCCGGCCAUGGCCGCUCCUGUCCUCAGCUCUUCGCUGCUGUCGGCAGCCUCCGGCGAGGGUGCCACAGCCCAUGUGACGGCGGCCAUUUCGCCUGGCCGCGCAUCGGCCCGCUCCGGCUCCCAGCACCAUGUGACCAUCGACGAGUCCAGUCUGCCGCGCAAGAGCAGCGUCAGCGUGGUAGAGGCCUCGGCCGGACCCAGUGGCAUCGUCGUCGGUGGCGGCGAUGGGGACGGCGAUCGCGACGUCGGAGGCGGCGGUGGUGGCGGUGGCGACAGCUCCGAUCCGCCAUCUUCCCCUGGGAGCAGCUCCCAACAGGUGAGCGGCAGCCAGGCGGACGGACAGCUGGCCUUGAUGUACCACUCGCACCAGCUGACCAAUUAUCCGGCCAUCCUGCCGGCCAUCAAGCGCACCCAUCGGCCAUCGUUCGUCUAUCCGCCAAUGCCCAGGGUCAAGGCUGGCGAUGCUCUGGCCACACUUUUCUCCGCCCUGUACGGAAAACUGCUGGUGGUCAUGGGCGUGGCAUUUCCCAUGGCCGAGGUCAUUUCCACCUACAUACCGCCAUCGUUCUACGAGGUAUACUAUCUAUAUUUGUAUAUUGGUAGCAUGAUCUUUCUGCUGUUCAUGUACGCCACGUUGCUGUGGGGUCGCCCCAAGCUGCCAACACCCAUGGCCACAUCACCGAAUAAAACAACAAAGAACAGCACCUCGGACAGCAUGGACGAGUCGGACACGGACAGCACCUCGAACCAUCGGCGCCUGCCGCCGCCCAUCCAGGUGCGGCGUCCAUCCCUGCUGUCGCCCCUGGGCAGGCAGCAUCACUAUGGCAGCUUCUAUCUGCGCAUGGGCGCUGUGGCUUUUGGGAUUGGCAGCAUGAUAUAUUCGGGUCUGGAGUUUGGGCAGUACUUCGAGCUGAAUCCGGACACCAAGUGCCACAAUGUGCUGCUAGCAUUGACGCCGGCCACCCGAAUGGCCUUCAUCUUCAUCCAGAUGUACUUCAUCUUCCUGAACAACGAGCAGAUCAAGGUGUACCGCUACAAGAUCAUCGCCCGCUUCGGCCUGAUGCACAUGAUCGGCACCAAUCUGGCCGUCUGGCUGAACGUGCUCAUCCAGGAGACGAAGCACGAGAUUCUCACCUUCUACAAUCCGGAGAACCGCACGCUGCGCAUCUCGCAUCGCAUUCCGGGCCACUCACGCGGGCAUGCCGUCAUUCCAGUGCACGAUCCGACCGCGCACUUGAGGGUGGCUCGAGGCCUGAAGGGCCCCUACCAGAUCUUCGAGUGCCGGCGCACCAACAUCAUCGGAACUUUGGUGCAGGACGCCUCGCCCUUCCUUUUUCCGUGCACCAUCGAGUACUCGCUGAUCUGCGCCGCCAUCCUGUACGUCAUGUGGCGCAGCAUCUCGCGACCACAGAGCAAUCCGCCGCAACGCCCGGACAUGAUCAGCUCGCCGAUGAAGCGCUCGCCCCACCACUACUCCGUGGACUGUGCACGGGCCCACAAGGGCCUCUUUGUGGGCAUCCUCAUCCUGGUGCUGACCAUCAUUUCGCUCAUCAUAUUCUUUGUGCUGAUCUCGCGGCCGGAGUUCGUCUCGAUGGCCGUCACCGAGGUGACCAUCUGCGAACUUCUCAUCUACGGCACGGCCACGAUCGCCACUCUGCUGGGGAUGAUCCAGAUCCGGCAUCUGCAGUACGAUGCCUACCGUAGCUUUUCCCUGGACGAUAUCCUGCUGGUGGGCGCCCAGACGGGCUCCUUCCUGUACAACAUUUUCACGGUGAUCGCGGGCCACUUUACGCUGCGCAGCGACGACAUGCUGGUGCCCAUCAAUGCCCUGGCCUCCAUCGUGCAGACCGCCUGCCAGACGAUGUUCAUUCUGGACGCCAGUCGCCGCCAGGCCGUCAGCCCCGAGCACAUCCGCAAAAAGCCCGGCCGGGAGAUCGUCACGUUCAUGCUGGUGGUGAACCUGGCCAUGUGGGCGAUCAGUACGCUGGAGAAAUCGCGCGCCGAAUCGCAUCCCAUCCAGCUGAACUUCUACGGGCUGUGGGCCUGGACCAUCAUCACGCAUGUGUCCAUGCCGCUGGCCAUAUUCUAUCGCUUCCACUCGACCGUGUGCCUGUGCGAGAUCUGGAAGCGGGCCUACAAGCUGAAGCCCACGUACAUGUGAGAAUUCGCCCGCUCGCGCAUU